AACCAAACCAGUGAGAGAAAGAGAGAUACAGAAAACAAAAAAAAAAGAAAAAACUGAGAGAAAACAGAAAUCUUGAAUGUUGUUUGGAGGCUUAUGUUGAUAUCAUGUUGUGUUUCAUGGGAUUCAUGACCUUUUGUUUCAAUAAAAAAGAGUUAGUAACAAAAUUUUAUAAAACUUGAACCCGCGCGCGGUCAUGAAGGCAUGGGAAGCAACAAUCCGAAAAACACAACAAGCGAAAAAACAAGCUAGCAACAUAUUCGGGUCAGCCCACGUGGCCCAUGUAGACGAUGAAGAAGAAACGGAACAAGAGGAUAUUCUUGCAGCCGGUGAGGUCUACCAUGCAGAAAGAUACCUAUCAAACGGUGACUACUACACGGGCCACUGGUCCGACAAUUUUCCACACGGGUUUGGUAAAUAUUGGUGGACCGAUGGUUGCAUAUACGUUGGUGAGUGGUGCAAAGGAAAGACCAUGGGCCGCGGAACGUUUAGUUGGCCCACAGGAGCUGCAUAUGAUGGCGAGUUCAAAGGCGGAUAUAUGGAUGGUGAGGGCACGUAUACGGGCCCCACUGGUGACACGUAUCGCGGUCAGUGGGUUAUGAAUUUGAAACAUGGGCAUGGGGUUAAAGAAUAUACAAAUGGUGAUAUUUACAAUGGUGAAUGGAGUAGAGGGUUACAAGAAGGUAAUGGUGAGUAUAAAUGGAAAGGUGGUAGUUAUUAUAUUGGAGAAUGGAGCAAUGGGACAAUGUGUGGGAAGGGUAAAAUAGUCUUUUCCGAUGGGAGCAUGUAUGAAGGGGAAUGGGAUGAAGGAUUACCGAAAGGAACUGGGUCGUUUAGAUUUUCAGACGGGUGUGAAUACAAUGGUAAAUGGAAUAAAGAUCCCGACGAACAAGAUCUUACGUUGUCACCAUGUGACACUUGUGUUGUUGAACAUGAUUCUUUGCAAGUUUAUGAUGUUUAUCUUAUAGAUAAUGUAAUAUCACCUCAAGAUAAAGUUACCAUUUUGCCCUCACAGAAGAAGCUAGCGAUUUGGAGAUCGUCUAAAGUGAGUGAACAACCAUCGAAUCGGCCCAGAAGAUUGUCGGUUGAUGGACGAUUGGAUGGAAAUAUAGACGAUGAAUUUAUUAAAAUGAAAAUGUUGGAUGAUAACGAACGAUGCAUGAAAACCAGAGACGAUGCAGCGUCAGUGUUAUCGUCGGAAGGAAGUCCAAUAAGGCUUCCGAAAGUUGUCAAGCAACAAGGCGAAACGAUCUCGAAAGGGCAUAAGAAUUAUGAACUUAUGCUUAAUUUGCAACUUGGUAUCAGACAUUCUGUAGGAAGACCAGGCCCGGUGCCAUCUUUAGACUUAAAGUCUUCGGCUUUUAAUCCUAAGGAAAAGGUUUGGACAAGAUUCCCACCAGAGGGAUCCAAACACACUCCUCCACACCAAUCUUCUGAAUUCAGAUGGAAAGAUUACUGCCCUUUAGUGUUCAGGACAUUAAGGAUGUUAUUCAAGGUUGAUGCAGCCGAUUAUAUGUUAUCGAUAUGUGGGAACGACGCCCUUCGUGAGCUAUCGUCCCCCGGGAAAAGUGGAAGCUUCUUUUACUUAACACACGAUGAUCGUUACAUGAUAAAAACCAUUAAAAAGACUGAAGUCAAAGCUAUCCUAAGGAUGUUGUCUGCGUACUACAACCAUUUUCGCUCCUUUGAGCAUACCUUACUCACCAAGUUUUACGGGCUACAUUGUGUGAAGCUAACGGGAGCUGCACAAAAGAAGGUACGAUUUAUUAUCAUGGGGAACCUUUUCUGCACGGACUGCGUGAUUCACAGACGGUUUGACUUAAAAGGGUCUUCACUUGGCCGACUCACGGAUAAGCCCGAAUCAGAAAUACAGUCCACCACAAUACUUAAAGAUCUUGACCUCAAAUUCAUGUUUAGAUUGGACAAAAAUUGGAUCCAAGAAUUCAGAAGGCAAAUCGAUAGGGACUGCGAUUUUCUUGAGCAGGAGAGAAUCAUGGAUUACAGUCUCUUGGUUGGUCUUCAUUUUAAAGAAAAAAAUGUUAGCGAAUCAGGCACUUUAAUUGAUAACGAUAGCGCAGAUGAUUCUACAUAUCAUGUUUCAGACCCUGGAGGAUCAAAACUGGGAAUUAACAUGCAUGCGCGAGUCGAAAGAAUGGAAAGAAAAAUUGAAACGGAAUUAAUCGGGGAUCCAACAGGAGUAUGUUAUGAUGUUGUAAUGUUUUUUGGCAUCAUAGACAUACUUCAAGACUAUGACAUUACCAAAAAGCUAGAGCAUGCAUAUAAAUCAUUCCAAUACGACCCUACGUUAAUAUCUGCGGUAGAUCCUCGACAAUAUUCUAGACGAUUUCGUGAUUUCAUACUCAAAGUAUUCAUAGAAGACGCUUAGAAAAUGGAAAAUUAUGGUGGAUAUAUGUUAAAAGAAUGUAACUAUUUCAUUGUUAUUGUUUUGUAUCAAUGUUUGUUAAUUGUUGUGGAGCCUUGGUGUGUACUAAGGUCCUGUUUUGUAUGGAAAUUGUAUUGAUGUUUCUUGGUCAUAA